AUCAAGCUUACUGAUGAAAAUGAAAAUGUGAAAGUAAAAAUUGUCUGGACUGUUACACUCGCUAAUAAGAAAGCAGCACACACAAGAUUCUCCGGUAUCAAAAAGUAUAAACUAGAUGACAAAAAAAGAAACCCUAAUUGGGAGUAUGAUAGGUCAACAUUGAUAGCCACUGAAACGCAAGAUUUAUCCUCCGAUGAUGGAAAUAAGGAGAAAGAUUUCGAGGGGUAUGUUUACCGCACCAAUAAUGAUCCUGGACAUAAGUUAGAAUUGGGAAAGAUGAUAAUGGAGAAGGAAGGGAGUUUGUUAAUUAUUGGUGGCAAGGGAAAGUCUGGACGUGUCAAAAAAGAUGUUCUUAUUACUGAAUAUGCUAACAACGAUUAUUGGUAUGAUGAUACUUCCGAUGGCUCCAUAGAUGCUACCGUUACCAUCACUAUUAAUGGAAGUGAGAAAACUCUCAAAAAUAAAGAAAGCAAGUCAUGGGUUCUUGUAGCACCUCCAAAAUAUGCACCAGGUAUUCCCAAUCUUGUAUCAUUAUAUCAAGUUAUCAAGGAAACGCAGGGACUUAUUCCGAUGAACGCAAGUAAUGUGGAAUAUUACCGUGACAUUCGUCCAAUAUUUGAUACAAUUCAUAAAAACUCUUGGGUUAAUCUUAUGGCUUUCAAUGGUCAUGGACUGAACUCGAAAGGUUAUUUUUUGAGACCAGAGUUGGAAAAACGUCUGAAAGAUAAUACAGAACAAGAAGAAGGCUUAAG